AUGUCUUCAUCCACAAGCAAUUCUUUUCUUAUUCUUCUAUUUAAUUCAAAUGGUCUCAAAAAUCACUCAAACGAACUCCAAAUAGUGCUACAGGAGAAACGUAUCGAUAUUGCCUUGAUUACCGAAACACAAUUAACAAAAUAUUCUCACAUUCCUAUACCUGGUUAUCAACUCCUGAAAACUAAUCACCCAGAUAACACUGCUCAUGGUGGUGCUGCAAUAUAUAUAAAAUCUUCCCUAUCUUUCCAAGCCCUUCCAAACUACUAUCAGCCACACUUACAGUAUUGUGCUAUCCUACUACACCUCAACAAUAUCCCUACAACUGUAGCAGCAAUUUACUCCCCCCCUAGACACAAUAUUAAUAUUCAAAACUAUAUACAAUACUUUAGCACUCUUAGCCAAAAUUUUAUUAUUGGCGGUGACUAUAAUGCUAAGCAUCUCAGCUGGGGCUGUCGCACAAACAACCCAAGAGGUAUGGUUCUCUACAAUUUUAUUAAUCUUAAGGACUAUACAAUCCUUGCGUCCCCUGGACCAAUAUAUUGGCCCACCUCACUACGCAAAAAACCAGAUAUACUUGACAUCUUCGUAUCCAACAUUCCUCAUAACCUAUUCUGCUCUACUACAAAUCUCUUAGAACCCUGCUCGAAUCACUCAGCAGUUCUCUUGACUAUUAGUGUCAAUCCUCCUAUCCGGCCUUCCCUACCCAAAAUUUUUCAUCAUUCCACGGACAGGCUUAAAUUUCAUAAUUUAGUAGAUCAAAACGUAAAACUCCAAGUUAGUCUCAAAUCUCCUCAAGAAAUUGAUACAGUUAUUAACAACCUAACAAAUAUAAUUCAAUCUGCAGCAUGGGCAUCUGGUCUCACAAAUACUCAGUUUCAAAACGUCGCUCCUUCAGUUCCUGAACAUAUACGUAUCUUCAUUUCAAACAAGCGUAGAGCAAGGGCCUUAUAUCAACGUUCACGCCUCCCAUCACACAAACACAUCUAUAAUAAUCUUUCUAACUCACUAAAAAAAAUACUUGCCAAACAUAAAAAUCUAUCCAUUACAAACUAUCUCACUAAUCUAUCACCUAAAAAUGGCAGUCUCUGGUCAGCUACUAAAAGACUUCUAAAAUACAAACCUCCUCUGGUUCCCAUAAAAAAUCCCCACGGCGAGUUCGCAUCUACAUAUGCUGUAAAAGCCCAACUGUUUAAAGAUCACCUAACGGAAAUUUUCACUCCUCACCCAGAUAUACAUACACCUUUACAUACUGACACAGUUAAACGUUUUCUGGACGUCCCCCUUCGAUGUUUCCCACAGUUAAGCAUUUAUCUCCCAACGAAUUAAAAUUUACAAUCCAAAAAUACAGCCACAAAAAAUCUCCGGGGUUUGAUCUGAUAACUGCAGAUGUGGCCAGAUGUCUGCCUAAAAGAGCCAUUGUCCUUCUCACAAUUAUAUUCAAUACGUGUUUAAGACUAUCCUACUUCCCCAUGCUUUGUAACUUCUCUAUCACUAUCCUAGUUCCUAAACCAAAUAAGCCUCCGGACUUAUCUUCCUCCUUUCGACCAAUAAGCCUUCUCCCAUUCUUCAGUAAAAUUCUUGAAAGAUUAAUUCUUAAAAGAAUUCUUCCAUAUAUUUCUACCAGCUCCGUUUUACCAGACACUUAAUUCGGCUUCCGCUCUGCUCAUUCCACUAUUCACCAACUUCACAGACUGGUCGAUGCUAUUUCGUUCUCCCUUGAAAAAAAAAGUUAUUGCUCCUGCGUAUUCUUGGAUAUAUCUGAAGCAUUUGAUAGGGUAUGACACGAUGGACUGUUAUAUAAAAUAAAGCCCAUAUUCCAUCCAACCUAUUACCUGUUUAUCAAAUCCUACCUAACGGAUCGUUACUUUCAGGUCAGAGUUGGUACAUCCUUUUCGGGCAUAGGAAAAAUCAACUCAGGCGUUCCACAGGGGAGUGUUCUCUCUCCUACCUUGUUCAACAUUUACGUAGCUGACCAACCCACCUCUCCGUACACAACUGUUGCGGAAUUUGCUGACGACAAGGCUAUUAUUUCAAUCCAUGAAAACCCUCUCAUAGCUUCCCAAUACCUUCAAGUCCAUCUAGAUCUCAUGUCUGACUGGUAUAAAAAAUGGCGUAUCAAAGUUAACCAAUCCAAAUCACUCCAUACAACUUUCACUAUUCGUAUUCUUUAUUUUCCUUCAGUGUCUCUAGACAAUAUUCAAUUACCUCCAUCUCAAUCGGCUAAAUAUCUAGGCUUGACAAUUGACCGCCGACUCACAUGGUCACACCACAUCAAAAUUAAAAAGCUUGCCCUAAAUGCUCGUCUCCGCAUCCUUAAAACCCUAAUCUCGAACAACAAACAUAAUUCUCUAAAUGUCAAACUCCUAAUUUAUAAAUCCCUACUCAAGCCUAUAUGGACCUAUGGCCUCCAGCUCUGGGGCAAUGCUAAAAAAUUCAAUACAAACAAAAUUCAAACCCUUCAAAAUAAAAUCCUUCGCAAAAUCACAAAUUCUCCACCAUACAUCACUAACUUAACUUUACACUCCGAUUUAAAAAUCAAAACAGUUCAUGAAGAAGCAGUCAGUUUUUACAAACGUUUCCAUUCCAAACUUCCUUUCCAUAUCAACCCACUCAUCUCAAAUCUCUCCUCCCUCACAAUUCCUUGA